AAGAUCGAGCCGAGUGCGUUCGCUUCGGGUGCUCGGCUCGAUGCUAUGCUGCGUGAGAUGGAGGAGCUGUUCGCUGCCCGGUUUGCACGCGGUGACAAGAAGAAGGCACAAGCACGUUUGCGUGGUGGAGCACAACUUAAGAGCCAUCACUAUAGUACCUUCCGGACGGGCAUGAUGAUCGGCCUUGGUCUACCUGCUCUCAUAGAUGGAUUGGUGAAAAGUACGUUUAGCCGAACAUGUUGA